CCCCCCGCACCCUGAGGGGCACCAUGGGCACCCUGAGGGGCACCAUGGGCACCCUGAGGGGCACGGCGGGGCUGCUGGGGCGCUGCCCUGCCAUCGCCCUGCUGGGGCUGCUCUGCGACGCCCUGGGGCUCCUCUUCCUCCUCCUGGGCAUCUUUGCUCCCAUCAGCUCCUGGGAUUUCUUCGUUUACGGGGGGGCCCUGCUGCUGGCCUUCAGCCUCGUCUUCUGGGUCUUCUGGUACACCUUCAACAUCGAGGUGCCCCUCGGGGAGCUGCAGUGCAGAUGAGCACGGCAGGAGCUUGGUCCUGCCCUCCUGGCAGCGCCCAGAACGUGGAGAGAGCCAAGGGAUGGCACCUGGCACC